UCUGAAAAUAUUUCAAAAAUGUCGCAAUUGCGUAGGAAAAAAGUUGCAAUUAUUGGAGCUGGUAUUAUUGGUGUUUCGACUGCGAUAUGUCUACAAGAUUCAGAUCCAUCUCUAGAAUUAACAAUAAUUGCUGAUAAGUUCUCACCGAACACAACAAGCGAUGGUGGUGCUGGAUUGUGGAGUUGUCAUCCCGGAAAAUGGGUGAAGGGCAGUAAACCAGAAAAACAAAGACAAUGGGGUGAAGGAACACUUCACUAUUUGAAAUCAAUUAUUGAAUCUGACAUAGAAUGUAACUUUGAGAUGAGCUAUAUAACUGGAUAUUUUCUCUAUGACCACAUUAUGCCCGAGGAACCAGCACUUCAAGAUAUCGCAUUGUAUUACAAAAGGUUAUCUCGAGACGAAUUGGGAAAAUUAGGGUUCUCCAGUGACCUUAUUGAUGGCUUCACCACCACAUCAGUGAUGUUCCCUGGUACUCCAUAUUUACGGAUAAAGUUGAAGCAGUUUCAAAAAAAUGGAGGAGAGGUCAUUAAGAGAAAAGUCAAAUCAUUUGAUGAGUUUGCCGGAAAAUUUGAUGUGGUUGUUAACUGUACUGGAGUAGGCGCACGUGAGCUGUGCCAAGAUGAAGAAGUUGUGCCAACAAGAGGAUACAUUUUAAAGAUGGAUGCACCUUGGGUUAGACAUUUUUACUAUAUACACAGAAAACAAGAAUUGGAUGCCGGCCUUGCAACAUACAUUUUUCCCAGAUUCAAAGAUGUCAAUUGUUGGUGGAACAAAACACAAGAAAUCCUUGACAAAGCCUCUGAGUUUGAACCUACAAUAAAGAAAGCUAAUAUUAUGGAAGAAUGGGUCGGCUUACGUCCCGUAAGGGACCAUCUUCGUUUGGAAAAAGAGAUUAUUGAAGUCAAGACUCAAUAUGGUUCUAAGUCCAAGUUACAGGUGGUUCAUAAUUAUGGUCAUGGGGGAUGCGGUUUGAGCCUAUUUUGGGGCUGUGCUGAAGAGGCGACAAACUGGUUCAUAGUUGUUGUGUCAUAUGAGCCAAAAGUAAAACAGAGUGAUAGCAUUUAUCAGGAGUAUACCAGCAUGGUGAUAUUAAUAAGUUAA